CUUUUCUUUUGGUGUGAUAUCGCUUUGAGCGUGUAUCCGUCUAUUAUUGCAUGAGGGAUAUAAAAAACUGAAAGUACUGGGAGCAAAAAAGUGUUUCGAAGAACCAGAUAGAUAUUUCAUUGUUUUAAUUAGGUGUGUGUGGUUUUUGUUUCUUUAUAUUAUAGUUUGUUCCCACAGGCAAAUUUUGGACUAGUUUGAAUGUUUUUCUGUGCAAAUGCGGUUUGAAAUAAUUUCGUGACUGUUAUCCGAUUCCUCUGUUUGGAGAAUGGUUGCUUCGAUGAAAAUUAUGGAAACAAUGUUUUAAUACCAAGUUGGAAUUUCUUGAGCAAACUAUUUACCAUUAUCAAUCUAGCAAUAUUUAUAGUUACGCUGUCUGAUUUGCUUUUCGAUAACCGUUUAAUGUGUUUGUGAGCGGCAGUGAUGAAAGGUAUUUUUAAAAUGUUCUAGUUAUUAAAUGGCAAAUAUUUAAUCGAAAGCUAUGAAAAUUUACUAGAGCUUGAAACAAGAAAAUUCAUGGUUAAUUGAUUUUACCCAGAUGAUUCCAAUUUCUUUCCAUAUAUCCAACUAUGGGGUAAAAGGUUACUAAAUGGAAAAAAAAAUAUUUUUGAAUGAAUUUAUAAAGUAUGAUCAAAUAUUUCAUUUAAAUUCAUAUUUUGUUUACUUCCAUCUUUUAUAUUUGUUUAUUUAUUAUUAACCUAACAAGACACAAAACAAAAAAGUUGAACGUUCAACAUGUUGCCGAUCGUUACCGUUAUCGAUAGGUAGCAGUAGCGCUAUGCGCUAGGUCCGCUGAAUGCAACCAUUGAACUAUUGCGAAGCUUAACAUAUAAACAAGGAUUCUUCAUUAACAAAACUAAUUUACUAUAUAGCGCAUUUGCUAAAAUUAAAUUUUCCGAAAUCUAGGGAAAAAACAUUUGGAUGCCUUUUGGCUGGACAGAUCCAAUUCUAGCCUGUAGUUAUAUUUUCUCUUUCUUUCUUUUAUCCACGAUAACUUAUACAUAAUAAGCGAAUUCUAUUAGUUAGUCUUGCAAUUAACUACACUAAUUUUAACGUAAAGGCAGAAUAUAUUUAUAUUCAAAACUACACUUGUGUCAUCGUGUCAAUACCAACACUAGAAUUUGUAUUCGAACAGCUCGAGAAAACUUCAAUAACACAAUCUGUACACUACUGACUACUGUCAAUGAUUCUGGAAUUGUUAUAUUUUGUCGAAAUCGCAAUCAUUACAGCUCUUAAUUGCAAUAAGCAUUUUGUAUGUCGACAGUGAAAGUACACGAUGCUGACAUUAUACUUCUCGAGUCAAAUGUAUCAGACGAUUUGACGACAACAGUAAUAAUGAAGAAUCAUUCAACGGCAAAACAGACUAACUUGUCUGUUCUCAGCACUUUUAAAUAUGAACAUUUAUUAGCGGGUAUAUCUGGAGGGACUAUCUCAACAUUAAUUUUACAUCCUUUAGAUUUAAUGAAAAUAAGGUUUGCAGUUAAUGAUGGAAGAACAUCAAUACCUCAAUAUAGCAGCUUAACUAGUGCAUUUUAUACAAUAAUUAGACAAGAAGGUAUUAGAGGGCUAUACCGAGGAGUUGCACCCAAUGUUUGGGGCUCUGGAAGUGCCUGGGGAUUCUAUUUUUUGUUCUAUAAUUCAAUAAAAAAUUGGAUUCAACAGGGAGAUACUCAAUACCAUUUAGGACCAAGUUUGCAUAUGCUUGCUGCUGCUGAAGCUGGAAUUUUAACAUUAAUUGUUACAAAUCCAAUAUGGGUAGUGAAAACAAGGCUGUGUUUACAAUAUGGAAAUGAAGAUGUUUACCUUUCAAGGGGUGGACAAUUCUAUCAUGGCAUGUCAGAUGCAUUAGUGAAAAUUUACCGAUCAGAAGGAAUCAAGGGGCUUUAUAGGGGUUUUGUUCCUGGCAUGUUUGGAGUAACACAUGGUGCGUUGCAGUUCAUGACAUAUGAAGAAAUGAAAGCAUUUUAUAACAGAUACAGGAAGUUACCACAUGACAACAAAUUGACCACUGGUGAAUACAUUGGCUUCGCAGCUAUUAGUAAACUAAUAGCAGCAGCUGCUACUUAUCCAUAUCAAGUUAUUAGGGCCAGAUUGCAAGAUCAGCACCAUUCUUAUAAUGGAACGUGGGAUUGUAUUAAAAAAACAUGGAAGUAUGAAAAAAUGGGUGGUUUCUACAAAGGACUAGCUCCGUAUUUACUUCAUGUUACACCCAAUAUAUGUCUAGUCAUGUUAAUUUAUGAAAAAUUUAGUAACAAUAAUUAGUUUUAACUUUUAUUUUUAUGUGUCACUGAUACAAAAUAAUGUUUUUUGGGGUAGUUCCGUUUGAUUACUUACUUUUUCUAAACUUAGUCCUUAACAAUUAACCAGAUAGAAUAGUUCCAUCAAGAUUUAAUUAUUAAUAGUUUCUAAUUAGACAGAUCUACUGUAGAUCUCACUGAAAAUAUUAAAUGUCUUAUAAUAUUUCAUGUCAGUAAAAUAUUCUUGGUGAAAUUCCAUCACUUUGUUUUACUUAUUUCACAGACUAGAUUGUUGAGUUAAGUUUCGAUUAUUUUGCUUUGUCCUCAUUGGAAAUGUUGAGAAAAAUUGUUUGACACUACCCCAAAGCUAAUAAUGAUGUUUUUAGAGUAGAUUGUGUUUUUACUUCAUAAUUAUAUGGAGUUACAAAAAUUGUUUUAUGCAUUUUUUAUUCCUUCACCUGAUUUUUGUAUAUUUUCAGACCACUUGUAGAUGUUUGUAUUUAGUAUUUUCCUCAUAUUCCAUUUUUCAAUUAUCAUAUUUUAUCAUCUUUAGAGUUGAAAAGAACGACUUGAAUGAGUAAAUUUUAAAUGUUUUAAUGUCUGAUAUUUCUUGAUUUCAUUUAGAGAGAAGCUAUGGACACCUUUUCAUCUAAGCUCAGUAAGAUAGUCGCCAUGUUAGAAGAUAUAUUCAAUAAUUUAUUACUAUCAACCAAUUGUGGUAUACUAGAUUCAAUAGUAAGAAACAUUAUUCUGUGUCAGACGAUAUAGUUCCAAUAUAACUAAUUAGAAGGUUUUGGCACAAGUUAUCAACUUACAGAAACAAAAUUGUGAAAAUAUUCGUGGAUAAAAAGUUGUAUUGUGAUCUGAUAAUUAAAAAAUAUAUAUAUUUGAUAACUUCAUUUAAAAAUGGGACAUUUAUAAGAAUAAUUACAGUUUAGAAAUUUGACCUUUUCUCGUUUAUAACACAUUUUAAACUUAUUUUAAUUAUUCAACCAAAAUUUUAAAUUUCGAUUGGUAAAUUUAUUCAACAAAGUUGGUCUUAAUCAUAAACCUAAAAAACUCUGACAAAACUAAAGAGAUUACAAUAUAAGAUAUAUUUCGAUUAAAAACAAUAAUACUGAUUACAAGGCAGUGAAAUAUCAACACUGAUUGUAGUAAAUAGAUAAUUGAGAAUUAUUUUGAUUUUACUGAAAUUAGAAUAAAUUCUAUGUGCUGGUAACUUGAACCAAAACGCUUAGUUGAAUUGCUCAGAAUCAAAAAUUUAACAGAUGAUUUAAUAUAUUUUUCUAUGGGUCUUAAAUUUCAUGUCUAGAUCUUAUAGAAAUCAAAAAUUAUCUCAGUAAUAGACAAUUGGCAAUAUUUGGUUUUGAGAGUAACGUGAAUGUGAAUUUAAAUCAGUGUACUAAUGACUUUUGUAAGUUUCUACUGUUGCUGAACUUGCAGUUAGUCCACUCAUAAUAUUUAAUACUGUGAUAAUAGUUUGUAACAAGUAUGCGGUAAACAUAUCCUUUUUCAAAACCAACUCAAAGAAGAUAACAGAUUAAUGCUGUAAAUAUUGUACGAAAUUGAAAGUUCUGGAACUUUCGGCGAUAUUCUGUACUAAACACACUUUAUAUUUCCACUACACUAACACAUGGCUGAAAAUGACAAAGUGGUUAUUGAAGUACCCAUUUGAAGUAUUGGUAUAGUUGGAAAGUGAAGUGUAUUAGCUAUAAAACUUUGUAGUCUAAUAUUUAACUGAAAUGUACAAUAUGUAUUCUGCAAAUAAAUGAAUAGCAAUAAAAAUUUAAAAAAAUUGCUUUUGUUUAUGUAGCAAUUCACCCUUAUUGAUUUUUCAAAUUACAAACCGUGAUUAACCAGAAUUUUAUCUUGUUUAGAUAACUAUAGGUGAUUUCACUAUGAACUAUCAUCUAAAUCAUCUGUAUAAGUUUUGGAUUUAAAUAUUUUUCAUAAUUGUUUAAAUUCAGUGUAAAUUUCCAAAUAACAUCUAUUUUCUUAUCAACUUAUCAGCUAAGUUGUAAUUUCUGGAACCUCAGUGACAUUCAUACUAAACUUACUGUUUACUACCACUACACCAACACACACAAUAAUUACUAUCCAACGCACAUUUUCAUAACCAAGUUAUAGUUUUCCGUUUACUUUAAGGUUCUGAAGACAUUAAGUUGGAUAUCGAAACGCUCGUCUGAUUGCGUGAUUGUAGAUGUGGUAGUGAACAGUAUUUUAAUUGACUUAUUAGAUGUAUGUAAUACGACUUCCAUAAGACUUGAUUAUUUCUGUGUGUAAUAAUAGUGUUAAAACAAACAAUUGUUUACAGUUUUGUAAACCCGAAUGUUGUUGAAGUACGUACAUCACGUUUGUAGAAGAUAAAGAUUGACAAAAACAGUAUUUCAAAACAUAUGCAAAAAAUAUUUCGAAUAUUGUAUUUACGAUAUGCUUACUUUUGCAUACAAAAAUGAAGAUAAUGCAAUAUUUAAAGGAACGAGAAGUUGUCUUUUGUAAAAUUUUUAUACUGGUCCAAAACAAAUAAUUUUUUUGACGGCCUAAUUAUCAAUUAGUCCUUGUAGCUCUGCUGCUUAAUUUGGUAGAUCCUUUGUUCCCUAUGUUAAACGGUUUUUUUUUAAACAAUAGCAGGUAAACAACAUUCACUGAACAUGUUUAUGGCAAGCUGGCUGUUUUACUUAGAGUGAAUUAUUUUCCUAAUAUAUUUUUAAUACAAGUUCAUAGUUACUUUGUAGUUUCUGCUUUUAUUAUGAUAUUUAAAAAUAUAAACUUGAAAUGAUGUAUCUUAAUUGAAGAUGACAAAAAUUAUAUUGUGUUUGGUGUUACAAUGAACCAAAUGAAAGGAGUUUAUAUCAAAGGAUCAGUAGAGAUAACACAUAUUUCCAUUUUUUGCUCAAUUCUUAACUUUUCUGAAAAAAAUAUCUUAAUUGGAAAAAUAAAUAGUUAACAUUCACUUUGUUGAGUAUCAUAUUUUAACUAAAGAGUUAAUGUAAGUUCCUAUUCCAUUACGUACUUGCGUUUGUAUUAGGAUUGUUAUAACUUAAAAAAAACACUUAUUUCCUGUCAACUGCUAUUUUGAAAUCCUGUGUCUCAAAAUGGUGACACAAUCGUAAUUAUUCAGUGAGUUACUUCACAUUGAGAGCAUCUUUAGUUUAAUCUUAUUAAUUUCAAUAGUUUCAUGUAUGAGUUACAAUCUCUGCAAUAAUGUAUUAGUUUUGUAGAUUAUAUAGAUCAUAUGAAGCCCUGCUUUAAAAUAUGUUGACAGGAUGCAACGUCUAUUAAGGUGUGUUUAAAAAUAUAAUAAGAACGUAAAUGUAUGAAUUGUAUACACCUUAUAGAAUAAAUGAUCAAAAGUU